UGGAGCAAACUCUGUGGCCAGUUUUCUACCACAAAUUGCGCUGAUUGAGGAAUGAAGAAUUAGUCUCACGGCUGCCGGCUAUGAAAAUACUUUGGAAAACAAAAAAAUAAAAUAAAAUUAUGGAUAAAUACGAUCCUGUUUUAGCACUUAAACCACAAAUUAAUCUCCCGCAUUUCUUUCUUUUGCUUUCACUAAUUUCUCAACUAAUUUCCGUUUAUCAUGGCUCCAACUAUAGCAGUGCCUUCCACCCAAACAAAACCCCAUCACCGGCAAAUCUCCGCCGCGCCGGAGGCAGAGGUGCUAAGAAGAAGAAACGAGGAAUUGGAGAAGGAACUGAAGAAGAGCAUUGAAAGGGAAGACAAGAUGAGAGCGGAAUUGAAUAAGACGUCGGAGCGGCUCUGUUCUCAGCUGGGUAAAGUCGAAGCUGAGGCUGUUGAUCAGGCUCGGGCUUACAGGACACGUGUCAUGCAUCUGAUGGAUCAAAUCUCUUUGGCUCAGAAACUUCUCCAAUCAGCUUCUGUUAGUGUGCCGAAUUCCCAACGAUUGUAGUUUGUAUCGAUAUAUCGAGUAGGGCUUAAAAAACAUUUUUGAAAUUUGAAUUCGAGAGUUCUGAUUUAAGACCAUGUUUAAAAUGGCAAAGUAGAGGAAACAUGUAAAAUUAUGUAUCUAAUUAACUCUAGAUGAAAGAUUAUGCAGUCGAUUUAUCGAGGUGUA